GGCUUAACGACGUGGGAAACACCGCGGUGGCGUUCUGUCACGAAGUAUGCGCUUCUCUGCGUUGACAGACGAUUCUAUCGACAACGAUCAUUGCUUACAACUCAACAAAACGUUGAAUAGUUUUCAUACUUAACAUAAGAACAGGGGAACUGCAAAAUGAAGAGCAUAAUUCUAGAGUGAGUUAAUUAAUGUUCUGCUCGGUGAGUACCCCAAAGUCCGCAGAUUUUGGAAUGCAUGGUGCUGUGGAUCUGGGACAGUCACCUCGAAUACAUUCGUUGUCCUGGUCGGUGAUCCCCUGAAGAGAUGCUUCAAUAUUGUUACUGAAAUAUGUGUCAUUAUUAGUAAUUUGGUGAAUGCAAGACGACAACCGAAGAUCACGCUUACUGUCCACGCGUACCGUCUGUUCUCUGGAUUAAUUGCUCAGCAAGCUGCUUCCAACUGAUACAAUUACAUGUUGACUUGAAUGUGGCCUACGCACAAGAAUAGCAUAUGUGUUUGAUCAAUAAUGGUAACACUAGGAAAAUAUUAAAAAUAAAACAUUAAUGGACAAAUGAAAUAAGAGGCCCAAUGGAGUAUAAACGAAAAAAGAAGCUGACAUACUUCACAAUUGGACUGAUCUUUCUUUUGAGUGGCAUCGAAUAUGCUGUGAUCUUGCCGACGAUAUGGAGAUACCUUCAGACUCUUGGGGCAGCGCCCUACUUCCUGGGCCUGGGCCUUUCAGCAUUCAGUCUGACUGGUCUCCUGUCCGGGCCUCUGUUUGGUCACUGGUCCGACAAGACCCGCACCACCAAGAAGAUCAUCCUGUUCGCCAACCUCUUCGAGAUUGUCGGUAACUUCAUGUAUUUCAUGGGCUACUCCAAAUGGCUUUUGCUAUCCAGCCGACUUGUAGCAGGCAUUGGCACUGGAGCGGGCUCGUCCAUCUUCGGCUUCCUGACCCGGAGCACCGCGCCGGAGGACCGUUCCACCGUGUUCGCUGCGGUGAUGGCGUGCCGACAGGCCGGCCUCCUGAUUGGACCAGGAUUUAACAUCUUCCUGAGGCUGUGUGACUUCCAGCUGGGACCGUUUGUGGUCAAUAAGUAUACUGCCCCUGGGCUUUUCAUGUGCCUGAUGUGGAUCCUCCUUCAGCUGGCGGUGGUCUUCAUGUACUGGGACAUCCCUCCCCAGGAGGAGCCAGUGGUGGGGGAGGGAGAUGGGGAGGUGGGGGAGGGAGAUGGGGAGGAGCGGGACGAUGAGGCGAAGCCCCUUAUUGGACCGCGCAUCGACCUCCUGGGUUCCUACGGAUCAGUGGUGACCCCUGACCCUUCCCGGACCGUGGCUGGCCACCUGGCCAUCUCCAACGGCAACCUGCCUCACCUCUCUUCUCCCCCGUCGCCCCCACCCGAGGGGGAGGGCAUCUCAAGCUCUUUGAAGAUGUUCAACAUAAGAAGAGAGUUCCUGAGGGAGGAGGUAGUUGUGCUGUUGACGGCACAGUUCAUCACACUCUUCAACCAGACAGCACUGGAGACCAUGGUGACCCCGUUGACCCAGCAGUACUUCAACUUCGGGGAGCUGGAGAACAGCGUCAUGUACUGCAUCUGCGGCGUGGAGGUGAUCGCCGGCUUCCUGUUUGUUCGCUGGCUGUGCCGCCGCGCGGCUGAGAGGGUGGUGCUGGCCGUGGGGCUCAUCCUCUGCAACGUCUCCUGUGUGUGGUGCCUCAUCUUCCUGGCCAACCCGCAGGGCACUCUCCCCUGGCAGUUAGCGGAGUUCAUCAUCGGGGUGUUCCUUCAGGUUUUGGGGCUCCCAUUUGUUGCUGUGGCACAGGUGUCUCUCUUCUCCAAAGUGACUUCGGAGAAGACUCAAGGGUUCAGCCAGGGUGUCCGUCGCUCCGUGGGGGGUCUGGCCACCAUCUUGGGCCCCUUGUGGGCAGGGGGUCUGACAGGGAACUUGUAUGUCAUGCUGGGGGUGAUGGCAGCUCUACUGGCCCUGCUCACUAUCAUGAUGUUCUGCUCCUAUGACCGCCUGGUGGAGCCCAAUGUGGUGGAACAUGCCGAAAGCUCUGAGGAUUGUGGGGAAUGAACAAGCUGGCCAAGUGAGAAGUGACGAAAACAAGUGAGAAGACACCUCUUCAACUACCUCUUGGCCCAGUGGCACGGUCUCUCUCUGGGCUUAGGGGGAAGAACGGUGGGACAAACACAAGGGUGAUGAUGCGCGCCCACACACAGUACAGAAUGUGCAACAUGAAUGCACCUCUGAUAUACCUCCUGUGGAAAUACAGUAACAAAAUUACAUUUGUUAAUACACAGUUGUACAGAAUAUUUAAUAAAAGUGUUCUGUGUGUCUUUUGCA